CCUUGAUGAGAAAUCGGAAUCUCUCAACGACGCCUGCGACAAAGUCGUUGCACGGUAACCGUAACCUGAAAUUACAAUUUUUCGAUUUGGUUGUGUAUCCGCGCUGUCGCGCAGCAGAUUGUUAAGGUAUGGCUGAUAUGGGCCUAAGUUUAGAUGACAUAAUUAAAAAGUCGAAACCACCUGGAAUGCGAGGCAGAGGAGGGAUACGUAGGGGUGUCAGUAGAGGCGCACGGGCGAAUGGUUUUAUAAGAGGACGUGGACCGCAUGUGGUUACGGAUGCAAGAUUUAAGAUAAUACAGAAGAACCGUGAGAAGUUGACCGAUGCCAGGGACAAGCUUGCUGAAAUAGCAAAGCAAAGUGAUGCCAGGCUCAAGUUGGACAAGAUUCGUGCAUCUCAGUAUAAGAAGAUAGAUGCACAGCUUCCAGGAAUAUCACGCAAAACUGGUAGAAAUGGAAGGCUAUCACUAUCAACCAAUAAAGCACCACCUAUGAUGUCACAUGUAUUGCCACCGAAUGUACCGAACAAUUAUAUACCACAGGUAGUGGUGGGCUACAGGCCACCUCCCAUGCCUGAUACCCCUUAUUUGGGAGACAUGAAUAUGGAUUAUAAUAAUGAUUAUCUAAUGGAUUCCUCAUUGAGGAGAACUGUGAGUAACGAGUACGCGCCGACUCCGCCGCCUCCACCUCCUGUGUUCAAUAUUAUCAAGCCGAGUUCUCCUUAUAUCUGGGUGAAGCCCACGAGCAGUAACGUCACUAGAAUUGCGCCUCGGAAAUCUGACAUAGAACGAGAGCGAGAACGACAAAGGGAUUACAAAAUGAUGACUUCUAUGAGAAAAACUGCUUCUCCACCAUACAAGGAAGAUUGGAGUUUUGGUACAAAAACGAGAACAAUUUUAGCUGAAGAAACAACGGAUUCCAAGUAUUAUGAUUCUAGAAGUCUUCGAGAUGUAGGGAUUAAAUCGCGUUUGGACUCAUCCCCUAAUAAAUCGAGAACUAUGGGAGUCAUGUCUCGGCCAAAAGCGAGCUCUAGUUCGUCGACGCAAUCAACGGGCUAUCGAAUCGUAGUAUCCAACUUGCAAGCGAACGUUACGCAAGAAGAUAUCAAGGAAUUAUUCGAAGAUGUCGGAGAACUGCUCGUGUCGAGAUUAGUACGUCCAGGUACGGCAGAAGUGAUCUAUAAAACUCUGAAGGAUGCGACCAAGGCAGUUGAGACUUAUCACAAUCGACAAUUGGACGGUCACCCAAUGAAAUGCCUUCUCGUUAAUCCUCGGCCGAAAAAUAAUCCGACCGGGCCAGCCGUUCGUCCUCUCACGGAAUCAAGGCGCAGUGUCAGUUCGAGUUAUGUACAACCGAGUUUAGGAGCAGUGCAUCGCGCGUUAUUCGACGACUCUUAAUCGAGCGCACCUUCUCGAAUAUAAAUCAUUGAGAAAUAAAAAUGUCAUGUAUAUGUAAUGGACAUCUUACACACAGGAUAAAUUCAAGAAAGUUCGAAAAACUGAGAGAAUAGAGACGAAACGAGAUGAUGAAGAAAGGACGGCAGCUGGCGUCAUGUGCGCUCACGCGUCCUCGAAUUCGAGUCGCAAUGUUAUAUAUCAAUAAACUUGUAUCAUUUAUUAUAUUUCACUCUACGAUGCAGAGCCAGUACGGUUUAUACUGUUCACUAACACUGGAACGCUCCCGUAUUAAAUUCUGAUCUUUUUCUUGGAGUUGCUCCUUUACACUCUAUGUAUUAUUCAAUUGCUGCUUCGUUAUCUCAGGUGUAUGAUGUAAUGUUUACUUUCUUAAGUAUAAUAAAUUGUAUACAUUUAUUCGGCUGUAUGCAUUCACUCGACCGUCUUUCGGUACUGAAGGCGAUAGGAAAAGUCGCGGCGCGUUCUAGUGUUGAAAAAUAUAGGAAAAAUAUAGGAAGUGAUAGGACUAGCAAAGUGGUCGAAAUUGUAUGAGCGUCAAGUGCAAGUUGUUUCUUGUACAUUUAAUAUAUCGGAAUAAAACGAUAUUCACUCAGCGA